GAAUUGGCGGAAGUUGUGAGCUGCCAUUGCAGUCGGAAAGCUCUGUCCGUGUUGCAUGAUUAACCGGCUGUAGAAACAAUUUUUUUUCUGAAAUUAGUUUUAAGAAUAUUAUGAGAAUGUUGCGAGUGAAGCAAGAGAUUUUGGAGGAAGAUGAGAAAGGAAAACUCUUUGUCGGCGGUCUGUCAUGGGAAACCACCCAGGACAAUUUGCAAAGGUAUUUUGCAAGGUAUGGAGAAGUUAUCGAUUGUGUUGUAAUGAAGAAUGCAGAAUCCGGGAGAUCACGAGGUUUUGGGUUUGUAACAUUCUCAGAUCCAGGCAAUGUUAACGUGGUUCUUCAGAAUGGCCCUCACACCUUGGAUGGCAGAACUAUCGAUCCUAAACCUUGCAAUCCCAGGACAUUGCAGAAGCCUAAGAAGGGUGGAGGUUAUCCCAAAGUGUUCUUGGGUGGUUUGCCAUCCAACGUCACUGAGACUGAUUUGAGGUCGUUCUUCACCCGGUUUGGAAAAGUAAUGGAAGUAGUAAUAAUGUAUGACCAGGAAAAAAAGAAAUCCAGAGGAUUUGGAUUUUUAUCGUUUGAAGACGAUGACGCAGUUGACAGAUGUGUAUCAGAGCACUUCGUAAACCUAAAUGGCAAACAGGUUGAGAUCAAGAAGGCCGAGCCACGCGACGGCUCCGGCGGCAAUAAGAUGGGUGGUGCCGACCCGACGUCCGCCUGGGGCCCUCCGCAGGCCCCCAUGGGCAUGAUGCAGGGCCCGAACGGCCAGAUGGGCGGGCCCCCGAUGAACCUGGGCGCCCCGAUGGGUCCCAACAUGAUGCAGAGCUAUCAGGGCUGGGGGGCAUCGCCCCAGGGUCAGAACUACGGGGGCUACGGCACCCCCUCGGGCCCCGGCACCUAUCAGAGCUGGGGAGCUCCACCGGCUCCUCAAGGGCCCCCACCGCAGUGGGGCAGCGGUGGCUACGGAGGUCCGCCACAACAGCAGGGUUAUGGAUCUUACGGUGAGUUGGAUUCGAAUUUUGCUCUAGGUCCAAGCGCCGGCAGCGGCGCAGCCAGCUGGAACAGCUGGAACAUGCCCCAGAACAGCGGAUCGACCGGACCGUCCGGUUACAUUGCAGGGGAUAUGUACACGAGGCAGUCCGGUCCAGGCGGACCGGGGGCCACGCCCUCUGCCCCGCCUAACAUGUCCUCUUCCGGCGGCGCCUCCAAACCAGGCUCUGACUACUCGAACUACGCAGGCUACGGCUCCUACACAGCUGCUGACGCCGGAUAUGGCGCCCCGCCAAGGUCCUACGGAAGCGACGCUGGAUCCCAGAUCGGCGGAUACUCCUCCCAGCCCCCGAACGCAGUUGGAAAUGUGUUGGCUUGAAGAGGACAGAGCAGGACAGGUCACUCCCGCCACAAUCACUCAAUUAUUCUGAUUAGACAGACAUAUGACCCAGUGGAAUCAGCAGUCUGUUGAGUUUACCUCGACACCUCUCUAUCGUGUAUUACUAAAUCCACACAAACACACACAUCAAGGAUCCAUCUCUAAUAUCCUAUGUUGAAUUUUUUUUUUAAGGGGCUGUUUCGACACAACAGGAGUGCACCGUUACAAACGUCAAAAUUUAAAAUCCGUUUGUAUCGUGAACACCUUGAUUGCAUCGAACGUCCACAGUAGUAGUUUUUUUCCUUUGAAAAAAAAAUUGUUAAAGACACCUUCUGAGUACAGACAGACAGAAACGUUGACUAUUUUUAAGCAUCGCUCAAUUGUUAAGAAAGUAAACAGUAAUAUAUUUAAAAAUAGAAUAAAUUGAAAAUUUACCUCAUAUCUUAUGUAUGAUUAGAAUGUCUGGCUGGUUUUGUGUCUCGAGAUGACGAAAAAAUUAGGUUAUAAGAUGUUAAGGACCUUAUAGUAAAGUUAGUUUUUUGAAAUGCAUUUACUCAUUAAUCGAACUGGAAUAUAAUUAGGCGUAUUUUUUUUUUUACAAAUAAUAAUCUUAAAGUGGUAAACGGUGAUAAGUUGAUUUAUCUAGUCUCGAUGAUUUCUCAUGUCCGAUGAUUGUAAGUUGUACAUAUACUGUAGAGAAAUAUUUAAAUCGAAUAUAUUGAAUUUUAUAUAUACUGACCAGCAGGCAAUCUAAUUAUGAUAAUAUCAAAAAGGAUAAGUGAUCCUACUAGGAUAUCUUUAGACCGAUAAUAUUCGAUAAAUAUUAAUUUUUUAUACCGUUUUACUUGUUAAUUCAUGACCACCAAAAGUAGUAACCGUAAGAUUAAGAUUUAAAUUAAGAUCUGGCAGUACUGUUUUAAUGCAGACCGUGCCAGUUGGCCAGCCUAUAACGGGUAUGAACCAGUUACAUGAAAGAUACAUUUACUUGCUAAUUGAGUUUAUUUAACUUUAAAGUUUAAGUGGUUAAGUGUGAACUAACUUAAAGCAAGUGACAGCUAGAAAAAAAAAAUCAUUUACAGGCAUUAGGCUGGACAUCUCGCAUCGUUUUAUGCUCCUUAGUAAAUUUUCAAAACUGUACAUUGAGCCUUGAAAAAGUUACGCCAAAUAUUUAAAUUCUGUUGUUAUGUUAUACAUUUCAUGAUUGUACAUUUAUUUAUUUUUUUACCUUUUUACAUAUUUUAAGCCGAAUUAUUUAUUAUCCUAAUUUAAGUUGUUGCAUUAUUACCCUUUUAAAAUCUAUAAUGGUAGUCCCUUGAGAUAUUUCUUCUGUUAGAGUAAGUUGUUAAGUUGAUCUGGUUGUGAUAGAGACCAAUGAAAUUUAAGUGUUAUACUGUAUUUCUAAAGACGCGUACUAGCUGUUAUUUGUUCUUAAGCUGGUUAAGCCUUCAUCAAGCCAAUAUUCAGAUAAGAUAAGUGUAGCAAGUAAAUGAUAAAAUAUGGUAGUUACGAACCAAGGUGAUUUUUAUAUUAUUAAGUAGAAUUUGAAAAUUCUGUCUGUCUGGGCAACAUCUGUCUAUCUAAUCAAGUAUAAUUGACUUUUAAUUUUGUUCAUUGAACUUUUUCGAUUCUUAAAUUGAGUGUGACAAUCUAUAUUAAGCAAUGUUCAUCAUAACUUAGAGGUAACAAUAUUGUUGUUUUCUAGUUUUAGUUGUAACAACUCCUCAGUUGAACACAGACCAAUAUUUUAAAGAAAAAUGUUAUAGAUUUAGGAUUCGAUUCUCCCUCGUCUUCUUUGGUGGGGGCAUUGUAUAUACACUAGAUUUCAAAUUAUUCAGAAAAAAAAAUUUCUCUUAUUGUUCACUCAUGAUAUAUAUAGCACGUAGUCUGUAUAUUAGACAGUUUCCAGUUCUAGUAUUCCAAGUACACUAAAAAAACAUUACUCUGGAGGAGUAUUUCAUGCGUGAGCUGGUCGAAAUUGGCAAAAAAAAAAAUAUAAAACAAAAAAAAAUACAAAAAAUUAAAAAAAAAACGAAGCGGCAUUUAUUGCUCUUCGUCACUAAACACUAAAAUAUUUUAUGCAUGUACUAAAUCUGUUUGUUUUCAUUGUAAUUUUUUUUUUUGGGUUAAUGUUUUUAAUCUCCUUGUAAAUUGAUUUUUUUGUAUCGAUUUGUUAGACUUGUGGGCUUAAUUCUUUUUAUCGCAUAGUGUUUCUUCCUUCUUUUACUAUCUCAUUCAUACGAGAUAUCUUGCAUUAUUUUUUCGGAUGAAUAGGGAUAUUUUACUUCUUGUUUGGCCUUUCCCCUCUACCUUAUCGACUUCUUUUUUCGAAAAGAGAGUGGUAUAGUUAUUCAUAUAUUAUGGAGACACUUGUCUCCUUUUUUUUUUGUGCUCGAGCAUAUAUUUAAAUAUCAAUUUUUGAUAUGUUUCUGGAGCCGAAAUAUGGUUGAGAUUUAUUUCCUUGACAUUUUCCUGAUAAUUCGAAUCUCAACUUUUGAGGCUCUCAAAAUUUGAAAAAGCGUUCUUUGAUGGUGACCUUUCCAGUUGAAUUAUUUGGGAAUUAUCCAUCGAAGGAUUGGUGAAAUGUAGAGAAUUCAAUGAGCAUUCGUUGCGACUAAUUGUUUGUUUGUCGUAAGUUUUUUGUUGGUUUUAUGUGUAAGUAAGAACUUAGGAUACAACCAACUGUUGCCUUAUUUAAUUUAAUUGAAAACAGUUACGUAGUAUUGAAUUGACAUCACCAAGAACUAGCUGCAUAACCCUAACCCCUUCCAGUUUAAUUGGUUUAAAAUUAAUGUUUUAAUAACAUCGUCUGGUGGAUUUUCACGGGUUUUAGGUUUCUAUGAAAUAGUUUCUGAAUGUUUGUCCAUGUUUGUGAAAUUUGUCAAGUUUAUAAUGCAGUUAGUUUUGAAUUGAGAAAUGAAGGGACAGUACAAAUUAACAGACAGUUAGGUUAUAAAUUCUAAGUGGUGUUCUGAGAUAGUGUUAAAGUAAAUUUUUCUCACUUAUUGCGAAUUGAUUGUAGGUGUUGCUUAUUCUGUGUCGGAGUUGAAUGGAGAAUAUCUGACGUCACAAUACACACGAGUAUAUUAAUAUACAUUUACUCUGAUAAGUAACUAUUGUUUACUAGUUUUUAGAUUUAAAUACCUUGAUACAAAAUAAAUCUAAAAUAUUGAUAUAGAUUAUUUAUGAAACUGUAUUUUGUAUUGGAAUAUCACUGAUAUAAUUAAUUGAAUUGUUAGAAUAAUAAAUUCGAUUAGAGGAGUAAAAAUUAGAACAAUUCGACUGAUGUACAGGUACAUAUAAGUUUUAAAUUAAACUAUUAUACAAUAAACAUAUGAUUAGGACGUUUAUUAUAGUGCAAUUCUGAUAGUUCAUUAUAUAAGAUGUUCUCAAUAAUUUUUUAACUUAUUUAAAAUUAAGGCAUGCGCUCUUUCAGACAAGUCAUUGAAAAUCGAGGCAGUAUCUGUUGCUCAAGAGAUAUUAUUUUGUAUUACGUUCAUUAAAAUAAGAAAAUCGAUCAGGCAAUUAUUACUCAACUAGGAAAAAACUGUAUAUUUAAUAUAUGAGUGUGACUUGUAAGUGUGUAAGUUGUUUUCUAAUUCUUAAGUCUGAUGUAUUUAUCGACCUGUUGAUUAUUGCAUAAGGUAAUUCAUUACACCAAGGUUCUAGGUCUCAAUAUAUCUGGCUGCGAAGUGGAAUCCUUCCAUUUUUUUUUCUUUCAGUUUGGUCUCCUCAACCCGAAAAUUGUGUCUAUCUUGUAAGAGAGAUCUGUUAUUUUGUUACGCUCUUCAUUUUUUGUCAUGUCCAUCAUUUUUCGAAUAUGUCAAUAUUUUUUGUGUUGGCUAGAUGAUUUCAUUCUGGAGUCACGAACCUUAUCUAAUAUAUAUUUUUAACUGAAUUUUAUACUUGGUGAUUUAGGAGAAGGAUGGGAUAUGGUUUGGAGGCACCUUUCGAAAUGUCUGCAACUUCAAUAAAUUUCGAAAAUUCAAUCCCGGUGAAAAAUUUCCGAUUCAAACAUUUCAAAAAUUUAUUGGGUAUGAAUUUUUUUCAAAUGAAUUAAUUUUUUAAUCGAUUGCAGUCGAUAAUUCAAGCACUCCCAUUCUGCUUCUUUGGUUCCAUUGGUAUACUUCUAAUCUACCAUUUUCGUUCAAUUUUCGAUUCACUUUAACUGACUACUGUUAGUUUGAAAAAAAGCUUAAUUGAGGUUAAUAAUAACCUAUAUAGUCACGGUUGUUCCCAGUAGUAGUACUUGUUGAAGAAAACUGGUUGAAUUAUGUGUUUUAAGAAGUUAAUAUAUUUAUCAGUAGUGCAUUUGUAUUAGGGUAGAUAUCUUUAUAAUAUAUGAUAAAUAUGAAUACACUAGGCUGAGAAAUUUAUUAGUUAACAAAUACUUACAAAACUAUGUACCUAUGAAACUAAUAUGCGAAAAUGGUAAAUAUAAACUUAAAAAUG